AUGAAUAACGCAAAAUGUAGCAUAUUAAAUCAGAUACCAAGGAGACGAACGCGGAUUAUACAAUGUGUCUAUGUGGUGGGGUUCAUGGUAAGUGCAACAUAACCUUUGUUGAAGAUGUGGCUACAUUUGAGCAAGUUUGGUAUUGCUGUGAUGCUUUAAUUUCUUUCCUAAAGGGAUAUAGAACAGGAGUACUCACGUUGGACGCAACCUUACAGUUGAGGCAAAUGAUUGGCGAUGACAUCAGUUUAUUGAUCUGUUGGCUGUAGUCAAUUUUACAGAGGCUACAUCAUGACCCGAGGGCCCCGUGUAGCUCAGUUGGUAGAGCAUGGCGCUUGCAACGCCAGGGUUGUGGGUUCGAUUCCCACGGGGGGCCAGUAUGAAAAUGUAUGCACUCACUAACUGUAAGUUGCUCUGGAUACGAGCGUCUGCUAAAUGACUGAAAAUGUAAAAAAUGUAAAUGACAUUAGUGGCUUUCGGCUAUGUAAAUAGUAUUCUGGUUUAGGCGGCUGGCUCCAUCAUAUGACAUUUGAGAACCUGACCUGCAGGAUACCACAAAAUACAUCAGAUGUAUUAAACUAGGUUGUUCUCCAGUCACUCUAAUGCUGAUCCAACUAUUGGGAUGAGGCGGGUUGAGUCCCAUCAUAGCACUGUCGAAAAACCUGUUCAGCAGAAUCCAGUCCUUGGAAAUCUGAGUUCACCUCGGAAGGACUUGUUAUUCUGAGAUGCUCAGGGUUUUCACAAGAACAUCACGUUGACUCUGUAAAACUCAAUAGAAUAUACAUAAAUAUCCAGUUGUACAGGAUUAGAUUGAUGUCAUGUUUAUUUAAUCUGAUGUGGAUUGUGGACUGGACACACACUUAGCCUACUGUAAACUCACAGAACUGGAGCGAUACAGAUCAUUUUGAAGACGGUAUAUUGGGGGCAUGCUAAACAUUUUCUGUGUGUAAUUCUAUCCGGAUAAAAGGAAUGGAAGUGAAUGCUACACCCAAAGCCAUUCUCACCCAAAGCCUACACCCUUGUGAACGCUCUGAUCCUCUCUCUCUCUCUCUCUCUCUCUCUCUCUCUCUCUCUCUCUCUCUCUCUCUCUCUCUCUCUCUCUCUCUCUCUCUCUCUCUCCUCUCUCUCUCUCUCUCACACAUACAAUGUUUAUUUAUUUAAUAAUUAUUAUCCAGAGCAUCUUACAGGAGCAAAUAGGGUUAGGUGCCUACGCACUAACUCCCACACACCGUAUGUUUGUGCCCAGUUUGAAUGCAGAGGUAGAGUUGAACGGAGGGAGAAUUAAACAGUUGGUUUAAUGGGUGGGGCUGUGACACAGCAGGAGCUACAGUGUGACUUCAAUCAAGUCUCUGGCAAGAGCCUCUAUGGAGAUGGCCUCACAAAUGCAGAUAAACAUGCUGGGAGAGUGUCUAUUUCUCUCCUCAGGCCCUGAACUCUCUCUGUUGUACACCCACUAAACAUCAGGCAAAAAAAAACUGGUAUACCCUAGAACUCUAGUUGAUCUCUCUAACUCCAGCCAUAGAGCAAACCUGGAGAUACCAGCCCAUCCACAGAGAAUAAACUAUCUCCAACAACACUGGUGGUUUGUCAUGCAGUUGCUUCACUGUGUUUGAUUCAGUCAUUGUCCUUUUGAAUAAACCGGUUCCACAGACAAAACAACUGGACCUCUAAUGCCUCAUUACCCUGCUGAAUAUAAGUUGCAGCGUUUGUGAACCCCACCCUUUAUAAACUGUUCAAAUGUUUUAAAGCAGAUGGUAGCGUUGAUGCAUGCUGCAUAUUAGAAAGGGUAAUUUGUCAGGCCAGAGUAUUCUAACACUUAAUUUGACUGUGUUUUCAUUGGCCAUUGAUAUGUCAACCUCUGAUGAUCAUGAUACUCAUCAUUCAACUGUUUCCUGGAUUUUUGUUUUGGUUAUUGUUUGUUGACAUGUCUAUUUAUUGUCUAUGACAAUGUAGUUACUGUAGCUCAACAGUGUUUAAACUGAACAUACACCUACUGCAGUCACUCAGGUCUAUGGUGUCAUUCAUCGUUUUCUUUUCUCUCUCCCUCUGUCUUCUCACCAGGACCUGUUUGGGGUAAGCAUGAUCAUUCCCCUGCUGAGUCACCAUGUGAAGGCCCUGGGGGCCAGCCCCACCGUGGCAGGCUUAGUAGGUAGGUGGGAUGAUGAUGAUGAUGAUGAUGAUGUAAAUAUGGAAGAGUUCACGUCAGCGUUAAAGUUUGUAAGAUGUUUCAUACAUCAGACGUGGUGGUAUAAUUUAGCUGUAGCUGGCAAACCAAUACAUUCUAAAAUGCCUUUUAAUGCAUUAAAUAUUGCCAAAUAUUGUAUGGAACAAAAUGAAGAAGACCUCUGAGGACAUCAGGCAUCUAAGGACGACAGAUUAAGGAAUGGUCUAAAUUAGCAUUCUCUCGGCGUGUAGCGUAACUGUUUGAAAUCACCAGCUGAUGUGCUCAAUCAUAUCUUUAAUUUCAUAACUUCAUAUCGCUGUGGGCGCUGAUUGCGGUCACAGGGUCUGAUAGUUUAUGCAAAGCACUAUAGCGGCUUGCAUUGUAGGCUAGCAGUUAUCAUGAAUGUUCUUAAUGUGCCAUAAUCUGUACCUAAUGCAUUGAUUUAUGUUUCAGGCUCCACAUAUGGGAUCCUACAACUCUUCUCUAGCACUAUAGUUGUAAGUAUUGACUUGGUGUUCUUAAGUCAGGCAUUUGUGUUGUAGAACUGUAUGUCUUGUGGUAUACCAGUGUGAUUCUCUCUCUCACACACACACACACACACACACACACACACACACACACACACACACAGUGGACUGGAGCUGGAUGCUCCACCAUGCCCUAACCAUUAACACUCAGUUAAAAUCCACACAUUCCUCUGAAUCCAUGUCUCUUAACAAGGUUGACUUGUUACUGUACACUGAGCGAGGCAUCUAUGAAGAGAGAUCGAGAUUGUCAGAGUUGAGUUGUGUGAGGCACUUCCCCUCCCCCAUGGUCUCUGAAAUUGGUUUAAAUCUCAGGGGUCAUGAGACAAAUUAAAGGAGAAGGAGUCGUUUGUGGCCCCAGUGAACAGACAGGCAGGGAGGGAUAGUGUGAUGGAGGGAAAAGGGAACAGCCAGGUCUCUAUGGUAAUCCUCACAGGCCACAUCCAGAACACAGCAAAUUAAAUUUACCCUGAUUUCAUUAUACCAUCUGUGUGUGUGUGUGUGUGUGUGUGUGUGUGUGUGUGUCUCUGUCUGUCUGUCUGUCUGUCUGUCUGUCUGUCUGUCUGUCUGUCUGUCUGUCUGUCUGUCUGUCUGUGUGCGCGUGUGUCCAUUUCUACAUGCACGCUAUCUAGUCAAGUUUUGUGUUAUGUGUCUGCGUGUGUAGGUCCACCUAUGUGUGUAUGUGUGUGUAUGUAUUUCUAGUUGUGCAUAGAAGUGUGUGUGUGUGUCAUUCAUAUAUCAGUGUAAUGAGAGACUGAGUGGAGGCGCCUGGGUUGCUUGGCCAAGAAGACCAAGCUGUGGAAUUCCUCUGUUUGGGAUCACCUGACCACUCACACUCAUGUCCUCGUGUUACGACCUCAGAGAGAGGGCGGGCUCUCAUUAUCUCAUACAUAUGUGGUUUGUUGGGCAGCCAGGCUGUAUCUCAAUAGUUUUAAGUGGAUUCCUUUCCUCGUCUACCUGGGGCUUUGAAGGAAAGGAAGACAGUACUGACCAUUGAGAUGAACCCUGUGUCCAGCAACAUUGUGGAGAUGUUUAAUGCCUUGUGUUAUGUGAGAAAAUACUACUCUUUCCUAUAUGCCACUUCCUGUGAUGUGUUGUCACUUCCUGUGUGUGAUGAUGGGGGUUGUGAUUGGCAGGGCAGCUGGAGUGACGUGGUGGGGAGGCGGUACUCUAUGCUGACGUGUCUGCUGCUGAGUGCUCUGGGCUACGGCCUGCUGGGGAUGUCCACCAGCAUCGGCCUGUUCGUCCUGGCUAGGAUCCCUGUGGGUGAGUCUGUCUGGGGGGAAAGAGCUCUCUCUACCUUUUAUGUGAAUCUGAAUCACAUGUAUGUUAAAACAAGAAAAUACUUUGAUGUUCCACAAAGGGUCAAUUUGAUUGCACCGUGAUGUCCACUACCUACAUACAUACACUACCGGUCAAAAGUUUUGGAACACCUACUCAUUCAAGGGUUUUUCUUUAUUUUUACUAUUUUCUACAUUGUAGAAUAAUAGUGAAGACAUCAAAACUAUGAAAUAACACAUAUGGAAUCAUGUAGUAACCAAAAAAGGAUGUGUAAAGGCUAUUUUACCAAGAAGGAGAGUGAUGGAGUGCUGCAUCAGAUGACCUGGCCUCCACAAUCCCCCGACUUCAACCAAAUUCAGAUGGUUUGGGAUGAGUCGGACCGCAGAGUGAAGGAAAAGCAGCCACCAAGUGCUCAGCAUAUGUGGGAACUCCUUCAAGACUGUUGGAAAAGCCUUCCAGGUGAAGCGGUAGGUAGGGGCUCCCGAGUGGCGCAGCGGUCUAAGGCACUGCAUCUCAGUGCUUGAGGCGUCACUACAGACCCCCUUGUUCGAUUCCAGACUGUAUCACAACCGGCCGUAAUUGGGAGUCCCAAAGGGCGGCGCACAAUUGGCCCAGCGUCGUCCGGGUUUGGCCGGUGUAGGCCGUCAUUGUAAAUAAUAAUUUGUUCUUAACUGACUUGCCUUGUUAAAUAAAGGUAAAAUAAAAAUAAGUAAAAUAAAAGAAUGCCAAGAGUGCACUGGGAGGUGCCUAGGUGCCUUACUUUGGGCGCACGCCGAGCAGGAGGAGACGUGUACACCCUCACGUCGUUAGCCAAGGUAGGCCACCAGUACUUUCCGCUCAAGCAGCGCACUGUACGACCGAUACCUGUGUGCCCAGAAGAUCAGACGAUCACGGAUAAGAGCAGGCACGUACCGCAGCCCAGCUGGACACUGCGGUGGAGAUGGCUCUGUGCGUAAUGCUCGCUCUGUAUCCGCGUCCAUCACCCAUACUACCGGCACCACAAUGCAGGAGUAUGGGGGUGUUGUCUCUGGGCUUCUCCUCUGUGUCAUACAGCCGGGACAGUGCGUCUGCCUUCACGUUCUUCGUACCCGGAAUGUAUGAUAGUGUAAAAUCAAACCGGGUGAAGAAUAGGGCCCACCUGGCCUGGCGACGAUUCAGCCUCCUCGCUGCCCGGAUGUACUCCAGGUUACGGUGGUCCGUCCAGACGAGGAAAGGGUGUUUCGCCCCUUCGAGCCAAUGCCUCCACAAAGCUCGGACUACAGCCAACAGCUCCCGAUCACCAACAUCGUAGUUCUGCUCCGCCGGGCUGAGCUUCUUCGAGAAGAAGGCACAGGGGCGGAGCUUGGGUGGCGUGCCCGAGCGUUGGGACAGGACAGCACCUUUCCCUACCUCAGACGCAUCCUCCUCCACUACGAACGGUAGUGAUGGAUCGGGGUGGGCCAGUACCGGAGCUGAGGUGAACAGAUCCGCCUCAGCAGACCAGCGGAGCCGGGACGGCCCACCCUUCAACAGGGAUGUGAUGGGAGCUGCGACCUUGCCAAAGCCCCGGAUAAACCUUCGGUAGUAGUUGGCAAAGCCAAGGAAUCGCUGCACCUCCUUAACCGUGGUUGGAGUCUGCCAAUUACGCACGGCUGAAAUGCGAUCUCCCUCCAUCUCCACACCUGAGGUGGUAAUGCGGUAUCCGAGGAAGGAGACGAACUGCUGGAAAACAUACACUUCUCUGCCUUGGCAUAAAGGUCAUUUUCCAACAGUCUGGCCAGCACUUUGCAAACCAGGGAUACAUGCUCGGCGCGAGUAGUGGAAUACACCAGGAUGUCAUCGAUGUAGACCACUACACCGCGACCAAGCAUGUCCCGAAACACCUCGUUCACAAAGGACUGGAAGACGGAUGGAGCAUUCAUCAAACCGUAGGGCAUCACCAGGUAUUCAUAAUGCCCCAUGGUUGUGCUGAAUGCCGUCUUCCACUCAUCCCCUUCCCGAACACGCACCAGGUUGUACGCACUCCUGAGAUCUAGCUUUGUGAAGAAGCGUGCCCCAUGCAUUGACUCGAUCACUGAAGGAAUGAGGGGGAGAGGAAAACUAAAUCUAAUCGUCUCCUUGUUCACUGAUCGAUAAUCAAUGCACGGGCGCAGACCGCCGUAUUUCUUCUUCACAAAGAAGAAACUCAAGGAGGCGGGUGUAGUGGAGGGACGUAUGUACCCCUGGCCCAGGGACUCGGAGACGUAUGUUUCCAUAGCCUCUGUUUCAGCCUGCGACGGGAUACACAUGACUCCCGGGAGGUACAGCGUCUACCCGAAGGUCUAUCGCGCAAUCCCCCGCCCGAUGAGGUGGUAAUUUAGUAGCACGCGUCUUGGAAAAUGCGUGCGCCAAAUCGAGGUAUUCGGGGGGAAUGCGCACGGUGGAGGUACCGUCUGGACUUUCCACCGUGGUUGCACCAACGGAAACAUCUAGACACCUACCCUGACAUUCACGCGACCACCCCAUGAGAGCCCUCUGCGGCCAUGAGAAGGUGGGGUUGCUAACCAAGGGAUACCUAAUACCACAGGGAAAGCAGGAGAUUCAAUAAUCGAAAAAAUAACCUGCUCACAAUGAGUCUCCUGGGUGAUCAUGGUGACUGGUAUAGUGACUUCCGUAACAAACCCGGACCCUAAUGGUCGACUAUCGAGUGCUCUGAUGGGGAGUGGAAUGGAGAGGGGAACCAAUGAAAUGCCUUGACGGCGUGCGAAUGCCCUGUCCAUAAAGUUCCCAGCUGCGCCUGAAUCGACUAGCGCCUUACACUGGGGAACUACCAUGUGAUCGGGAAAGUGGAUAGGUAGGGUACAGUGCACAACAGAGGGCUCUGAACAAGUGUGGGUGUUCGAUACCUGGGGUAAUGCGUGAGUGCCCUGCCUGCCGCCUCCCGGCACAAAAGAACGUUGACUACGACGUGUGGUGUACUGUCCCUUCGUGCCACCAGUGGCACUGCCGCUGUCCUCCUCCGCUCUCUCGGCCGGUGGCUCCACCCAGCUCCAUCGGCUCGGGAUCCGAGUCGUCCGGGGUGGAAACGGGCAAAGCCCUACCAGGACGUCCUCUGGCUGCCAGCAGGUUGUCCAAACGAAUGGCCAUGUCCACCAGUUUAACAAAGGACAACAUGGUGUCCCGGCAGGCUAGCUCCCGUCGGAUGUCCUCCCGCAGAUGGCACCGGAAAUGGUCGAUCAGGGCCCGCUCGUUCCACCCGGGCCCCGCUGCCAGCGUCCGAAACUCCAACGCGCAGUCCUGCGCAGUCCUCGUCCCCUGCCUCAGCUGGACCAGCCGCUCACCCGCCUCUCGACCCUCGGGCGGGUUAUCGAAGACCGCCCGAAAGAGGCGAGCGAACUCCCUGUAGUCCUCCAAUGCGGCUCCUCCCUCCUUCCACACCGCGUUGGCCCACUCCAGGGCUUUCCCACAGAGGCAGGAAACGAGGACGGACACCUUCUCCCGCUCCGAUGGCGCCGGUCUGAUGCUGGCGAAGUAAAGCUCCAAUUGGAGGAGGAAUCCCUGGCACAGCGCCGCCGUCCCAUCAAACGCCCGUGGUCGGGAUAUCUGGAUCCCUCCGGGUGCUGGGGGGUAGAUGGCUGGAUCCGGUUGGCCAGCUGGUCUCGACAGAUCGGGUCCUCUCUUCUCCAGGUGUUGGAUGACCUGAAGAACCCGAUCCGUCGCUUCCCCCAAGCUGGCCAGCAUCGUGGAAUGCUCCUGGACCCAUGCCACGACUCCAGGCAUGCGCUCUUCUCCCGCUGACUCCUUAACGGGUGGGUGAUUCUGUGAUGAGUGUGACGACGAACGCCGAAGCCUGCCCGAACAAGGAGGGGAGGCAGCCUCGGCUGAAGUCGUGACAGUUCUAAAACAUUUGACCUGUAGUGUACAUACAUACAGUAAAGACAUAAUCCAUCAGUAACAUUCUGUUACACACAAAUAUAACAAAAAUAUCAAUGCAACCUGCAACAAUUUCAAAGAUUUUACUGAGUUACAGUUCAUAUAAGGAAAUCAGUCAAUUGAAAUAAAUUAAUUAGGCCCUCAUCUAUGGAUUUCACAUGACUGGGAAUACAGAUAUGCAUCUGUUGUUCACAGAUACCUUCACACAAAAAAGGUAGGGGCGUGUAUCAGAACACCAGUCAGUUUCUGGUGUGACCACAAUUUGUCUCAUGUAGCGCGACACAUCUCCUUCGCAUAGAGUUGAUCAGGCUGUUCAUUGUGGCCUGUGGAAUGUUGUCCCACUCCUCAUUAAUGGCUGUGCGAAGUUGCUAGAUGUUGGCGGGAACUGGAACACGCUGUCGUACACGUGGAUCCAGAGCAUCCCAACCAUUCUCAAUGGGUGACAUGUCUAGUGAGUAUGCAGGCCAUGGAAGAAUUGGGAGAUUUUCAGCUUCCAGGAAUUGUGUGCAGAUCCCUGCGACAUGGGGUCAUGCAUUAUCAUGCUGAAACAUGAGGUGAUGGCGGCAGAUGAAUGGCACGACAAUGGGCCUCAGGAUCUCGUCACGGUAUCUCUGUGCAUUCAAAUUGCCAUCGAUAAAAUGCAAUUGUGUUCAUUGUCCGUAGCUUAUGCCUACACCUACCAUAACCCCACCACCACCACGGCACACUGUACACAACGUUGACAUCCGCAAACCACUCGCCCACACAACGCCAUACACGCUGUUUGCCAUCUGCCCGGGACAGUUGAAAUCAGGAUUAAUCCGUGAAGAGCACACUUCUCCAGUGUGCCAGUGGCCAUCGAAGGUGAGCAUUUACCCACUGAAGUCAGUUACGACGCCAAACUGUAGUCAGGUCAAGAGCCUGGUGAGGACGACAAGGUGAAGAUGAGCUUCCCUGAGACGGUUUCUGACAGUUUGUGCGAGAAAUUCUUCAGGUGGAUGGAUUAUCUUGGCAAAGGAGAAAUGCUCACUAACAGGGAAGUAAACAAAUUUGUGCACACAAUUUGAGAGAAAUAAGCUUUUUGUGUAUAUGGGACAUUUCUGGGAUCUUUUAUUUCAGCUCAUGAAAUAUGGGACCAACACUUUACAUGUUCCAUUUAUAUUUUUGUUCAGUAUAUUUAUCUGUGUCGUGUCCUCUUCCUCUCUCGCUGUCCUCCAGGGCUGUUCAAGCACUCCCUGUCUAUCUGCCGGGCCCUGCUGUCUGACCUGGUGUCUGAGGCGGAGCGCCCCCUGGUGAUGGGACACUUCAAUGCUGCCUCCAGCGUGGGAUUCAUCUUGGGACCCGUGGUGGGGGGCUACCUCACAGAGCACGAGGGGGGCUUCUACACCUCCUCCUUCACCUGCGCCGCAAUCUUCCUCCUCAACACAGGUGGGUGGGGGUGA